AUGUUUAUCAUCUCCCCACUAUCUAGAUGCGCCUCUCCCUCGAAGCGUGACAUUUUCUUGGAUCAUAUCACCAAGAUUGCAAGCGUGACAAACGAUAACGAGCCGAAUUGCCACGCAUACGCCUGGUUCAAAAGCGCCGAAGACAACGAUUCAGUCCCACAUCACUGGCUGAGGGGAUUCGAAGUCUAUAACGAUGUUGAAGCCAACACCAUAACACAUCGGGCUAGUGCCGAGUAUAAGGCAUUCCGAGUCGCUGUCGGCGAGGAUAAAUUACUAGAGCAACCCAGUGAUCUUCGGUUCUGGAGACCUAUCAAUAUCGGGUUUCUAACACGCAACCAGUCAAUGAAAUUUAUGGACAAUUCUACAACUGGAGGACACUAUGUUGUAGUAGACGAGCUGAUGUCAGAAGUGGGAAAACUUGAGCUCAUCAUGGAGCAUCUCCGCGGGAUGGCCUUGGAGGCGGAAAAAUUAGAGCAGAUUUUGAGUUUCUGGGUACUUCGGCGGGACGAUGAGAAAGAUCCAGCAUUCCUGGUAUUUUCCUGCUAUCUUGAUAAAGAGGCAUGGGUCACAUUUAACGGUCAGACCGAAGUGGAUGAGGCUUGGAGGGCUGCACAUGAAUCCAGUAAAGAGCAGAGGAGAACAACUUGGAUAGAGUCGGGGCUUGGAUUCCUGGGAAGAGAAGAGUUGCACGCCAAUGUUCAUAAACCGAUGAAGAGAUAA